GGCACAGUGUUCCCUCGGCGGCGCAGCCGCCAUGUCCAACGUCUCUGCUCGCCCCGUCGCAUCGCGUGCAUGCCCGCACGAAAUUGAGCACGAGUACCUUGCCCCCAUCUCCCUCACCGCGCCCCGCGCUCCCGCAGCCACCGGGUGUCCAUUGCUCACGCACGGACCUUUCCCCGCCGUACGAAUAGGGCCUCCGCCCUCCGUUCCCGGCGCUCCCCCUCCUUCCCCGUGCCCACUUCCCCCCGGCCUCCAUCCCCAUCCCCAAUCAUCAGUACUGGCAGACGCGGCGGAGGUGCUGAUCCCGGUGGGCAGGGAGACGACGCGGGGCAGUUCAUCACUCCGGAGCACGGGGCACUCUGCGCGGCGGGCGCCAUGGUUAAAAAGGGCUCGGAUCAGGCGCCCUUCUUCACGGAGUACGGCGAGGCGAGCCGGUACGAGGUCGGCGAAGUGGUCGGCAAGGGCAGCUACGGCGUCGUGGCGGCCGCCGUGGACACCCACACCGGCGAGCGCGUGGCGAUAAAGAAGAUCGACGACGUCUUCGAGCACGUCUCCGACGCCACCCGCAUCCUCCGCGAGAUCAAGCUGCUCCGCCUGCUCCGCCACCCCGACGUCGUCGAGAUCAAGCACAUCAUGCUCCCGCCGUCGCGCCGCGAGUUCCGCGACAUCUACAUCGUCUUCGAGCUCAUGGAGUCGGACCUCCACCAGGUCAUCAAGGCCAACGACGACCUCACCCCGGAGCACCACCAGUUCUUCUUCUACCAGCUGCUACGCGGGAUGAAGUACAUACACGCGGCCAAUGUCUUCCACCGGGACCUCAAGCCCAGGAACAUUCUGGCCAAUGCCGACUGCAAGCUCAAGAUUUGCGAUUUCGGCCUUGCUCGGGUUUCCUUCAAUGACACCCCGUCCGCCAUAUUCUGGACGGAUUAUGUUGCAACAAGAUGGUAUCGUGCUCCAGAAUUAUGUGGCUCCUUCUUUUCAAAGUAUACUCCCGCAAUUGAUAUUUGGAGCAUAGGAUGUAUAUUUGCCGAAAUGCUUACAGGGAGGCCGCUCUUUCCUGGAAAAAAUGUGGUGCAUCAGUUGGAUCUCAUGACUGAUCUGCUCGGCACACCUUCAGCAGAAUCUAUUUCCAGUAUUCGGAACGAAAAAGCUCGACGAUAUUUGGGAAACAUGAAAAAAAAGCACCCAGUACCUUUUUCUCAGAAGUUUCCUGGUGUAGAUCCCAUGGCUCUCCAUUUGCUUGAGCGUCUUCUUGCUUUUGAUCCCAAUGAUCGGCCAACUGCUGCAGAGGCAUUGGCAGAUCCAUACUUUACUGGAUUGGCAAAUUCUGAACUCGAACCCACAGCACAACCCAUCUCAAAACUUGAGUUUGAGUUUGAGAGAAGAAAGCUGGCCAGAGAUGAUGUCCGGGAAUUGAUUUACAGAGAGAUUUUAGAGUACCAUCCUCAGAUGUUGCAUGAGUAUCUUUGUGGUGGAGAUAAGACAAACUUUCUAUACCCAAGUGGGGUGGAUCGUUUCAAGAGGCAAUUUGUUCAUCUCGAGGAACUCGGUGCUAAGGGUGAAAAGACUUGCCCACAGCUGCGGCAGCAUGCUUCCUUGCCAAGGGAAAGAGUUAUUGGCACCGAUGGUGAGCUCGAAAAGACAAAUGCAGAUUACUGCAUAAGAUUGCAUGUAGGUGAGCAACAAGGCCACACAUCAGUCACAGAUGGCCUGAGCAAGCCACUGUUGAAUGCUCGAAACUUGUUGAAGAGCGAAAGCAUCGGCGCCUCCAAAUGUGUUGUCAUCAAAGAAAAGAGAGAAAAGGAUGAAGAAUCUAUGUCUGAUUACAUGCAUGAAGCAUCUGAUGUGGUGCCGAAUAAGAUUGCUCAAGUCAAAAGUGUCUAGUGAAUAGUGAUACGGGAAACACAAAUCUGUGGCAGCACGUACGUCCAUACGUAGGGGGUUUAACUUCAGCAGCCCGGACGCACGAGUUUGAGAUUAGAAACAAAGCUAUGUUUUGUUUUUUUGGUUAGGACAGUUUAUGUGGUACUGUAUUUGACAGAUACAGACUUCAGCUCCUGAUUACUCCAUGAGUUCCUCUGCACUGUUAUAGCUAUCUCAUUAGUUAACAAGCCAUAGGAUUUGGUCAGUAUUAGAGUUCAUAACUUCACUUCUCAUGUCCGAUCAUUUCUCCCAAUUUGUGCAAGCACGGGAUUGGUGGAACUGAAAGCGGUAGACGCAGCUGGGUGUCAGCGUUGUAACGUUGUU